AUGUCUAAUUUCGACCCCAAUGCCAUAUUGCGGGGAGCCCAGCUUACUCUUGUGGGAGUCCACCGUGCUCUGCAAAAUCCCGACCUCUUCACUUCGAGGCACUACCGCCAGGCUGCCUUAGCCGUUGCAGCUGGAAUAAUAAUAAGACUUAUAGUUGCAAUACCGAUUAUAGGAGUGCGCGUAUUGCUCUGGGUGCUUUCGUUCUUUGUGGACACGCAGCAGGCACAAUGGGAUGAUACUAUAUUGAAUGGGAUGCACUUCGUAGAGAACUCUGUCCUCCAGGUGCCAUUCAUUCUUAUGACCCUCAUGGGCUACCUCACCCCGACGCUUGACCAAAUUUUCAUGGACUCGCUUCGUUGGGUCGAUCACACGUACGUACAAAAACACAAGACAGAUGAUCCUGCCGAUCUCCGAGCCAUGUAUUAUCCGAAUCUGCAAAUGUAUUCAUCACACAAUUCACCCAAAUCUGAAGGAGGUCAGAAGCCGUUGAGGAGGGCACUCAUGGCCUACGCAAAGCGGUAUGGCCGGAAAGCUGCAAUCUCCCUUGCCGUAUUGGCGUUAUCUUACUUACCAUAUGUUGGCCGGUUCGUCUUGCCUGCCGCCAGUUUCUAUACUUUCAGUGAGGCGGUAGGGCCGCAGCCAGCAUUGGUCAUCUUCGGAACAUCCCUUCUGCUACCGAAGAGAUACAUCAUUACCUUCCUGCAGAGUUAUUUCUCUUCUAGGAGCCUCAUGCGCGAGCUGCUUGAACCAUACUUUGCCCGCGUGAAGUAUUCGAAGGAAGAAAAGAAGAUAUGGUUCAAAGAUCGUGCUGGCGUUUUGUUUGGAUUCGGUCUUGGUUUCUUUGUCUUCGUCAAGAUCCCUUUGGUCGGCGUCAUGAUUUACGGUCUAGCGGAGGCAUCAACUGCCUAUCUUAUCACAAAGAUAACAGAUCCACCGCCUCCACCCGCUGAGGCCGAGCACUUCAAGGAGGAAUCAUUACGGUGGAAAAACAAACAUGAGUUUCUCAGUCUGCCUUGGGAAAAUAUGGAUGCAUACAACAUAUCGUUGCAUCGCAAAAAGGCUCCGGAAUCCGAUGUUCGGCAGACCCCGCGGAAGCAGUUUAGCUAA